AUGAAAGAACUUUGUGGUGGGUUUCAAAAUGUCAGGGGCAGUAAAAAUGAUUUCAAAAAUUUUUCUAGGGACUUAAAAGUUUAUAUCUCUAAUGCUGAUGGUGCAAUGUUUGUUCUGAACCUUGAACAAAAAGUGAAAACCAGUAAAGGGGGUUAUUAUUUUGAAUACUGUGUUUAUGAAAGUAGGCAUUUGACCCGUGUCUUUUGGGCUGGGGACUCUUUAUCUUUUGAUUCUACGCUACAAAUAAAUAUUCAUUGGUUUUCUGUUUUCUUACUGUGUAUGGGAAGAGAACCCUCUUGUAUUAUCACUGAUCAAGAUCCUGCAAUGGGUAUUGCCAUAGAAAAGGUUUUUACCAAGACUAAACAUAGACUAUGUAUGUGGCACAUAAUGAGGAAGGUACCUGAAAAGGUUGGAACUGCUUUUUGUAAUGAAACUGAUUUCCUGAAAAAGCUAAGUGCAGUAGUUUGGGAUAGAGAGAUUGAUCCUCAUGUAUUUGUUGAUGGCUGGAAUAGUGUUAUGGAGGAGUUUAACCUUGUUGAUCAUGAGUGGUUUGCAUACAUGUUCAAGAUUAAACAUCUUUGGAUUCCUGCAUAUUUAAGGGACUUAUUUAUGGGUGGGUUACUGCGUUCUACACCUAGUUCUCUGUAUGGAGAUGGUGUGAAGUUUUCUGUUAUUGUUGAUCAUAAGAAAAGGAAAAAUUUUGAUGUAAAUUUUGACUUGGCAACAUAUGAGUCAAGUUAUGUUAUGAAGAAAGCUUCUGUCAUAGAUGUUGCUCUAGAUGAUGCUUCUAAGUAUUAUAAGAAGAAGCAAUUGGUCAGUGAUGUAUGGUCCAAGAUUUUCAGUUGUGUGAGUUUAACUGACCAAUCUAAGGAUGAUUUAUCUGAGCUUAUUAGGACAUUAUCUUCAUUUGAGGAGCAGAUGAUAUCAAACAAUAACCCUGAAAAUGCACCAGUUCAAAAGAGGUGA